AUGGCGACCUCACACGGCGACCUGGCCAUGUCGCGGCCUACCUCCGGCAUCAUCUCUCCCCGCGACGUGAGAUCUAGGACCCAGAGUAUCUCUAGCGAUCGACCUUCAACAAUUGCCCACAGCCUCAUGUCGCCGCCACUCGCUGUAUCACCCUCAGCGGCCUUCAUCGCUGCUUCGGCCGCUUCUCAGAUCGUUACAAACGACCACGAUAGUCAUGCUGAUACCUGGUACGAUCAGCACGGUAUUGAGCCAGCCAGCGACCCUGCGCUCGUCUCGGGAGAAGCGCUACAGCUUGUCAACAAUUUUCUUGAUCAGCUGCUUUUCAACUUCCUCUCCAAAUCCCAAGCUACUACUCUGGCCAACUUACGACCUGCCGUUUCGGAGGUGUUAAAACCUAAGCUUGCGAAAGAUGCCGUCAACAAUGCCGAUGAGGAGUUACGUGAAUACUUGGGUGACGGUGAUGAGGAAGAUUAUGUGCCGCCAACUGGCGACAAGGCGCGUGACUGGGACCUGGAAUUGGUUUGGAAGCGUACCCGUCUUAGGUGCAUGGUCUACUCUUCCCUAGGCGAUAUGGAAGAGGAAGACGAGGACCUCUACAUGGAACAGGAGAAUCUCGAGCUAGGUGCCCACGAGUCUGUCUCCGACGUCAUUUCACCAGCUGUUGCAAUCUUCCUGACCUCUGUUCUGGAGUACAUGGGCGAGCUCACCCUUACUGUCGCGGGACAAGCCGCAUACCACAGAUUGCGGGCUAAAUACCAGAAGGAGAUCAAUGAAGGGACCCGAAACCCAGUCGAUGUCGCCGACCGCAUUGUAGUCGAAGAGCAAGACAUGGAGAGGGUGGCUCUUGACCGAACACUCGGGCGAUUGUGGAGGGGCUGGAAGAAGCGGAUACGGUCACCUGUGAUCGAUCUAAAUAGCCGCCCCUUUUCAAGGGCGUCUAAUGGCCAUUUGAGACAAGACAGUGUGUUCACUGAUUCGCCCGUUUUAAGUCGGGUCCCAACCCGUGAUGCAGAAGCGGAGGCACAAGCUGAAGCUGUUGAUCCAGCUCAAGUCGCGCUUCCUAUUGGAAGUAAUGAUGUGGAUGAAAUCGAGAUCCCUGGUCUGGCCUACAAUAGCGAUGAUGAAGACGAGGGAUUGGAGGCAGAGGAGGAAGUUGGAGGGCGCCGACCUAAGAGUUUGUUGAUCCUGCCCCUGGGAAUUAUUCAAGGCCUUCCUACCCCAACCUUGUCGCAACCCAAUACUCCCGACUUCGCUGGUCGCAAGCGUUCAAACUCUCUUCCAACACCCGGCGCAUCACCAUAUCGUCCUGCUGCUAAGCGAUCGAAGGAGAAGGAUGCUGUACUGGUCAAGGCUAGUGUCGUUGAGGAAAAACAAGAGCCUGUCGAAGAAGCCAAGACCGAGCAAACCAGCAGCGAGGAAACCCGGGAUGUUAAGGAGAUAGAUGGAAGCAAGCCUAAAGACGAGCUUGUUCCGGAGCCAGUGGCUCCCAAGAGCAAGCGGCUGUCUAAGAUUAUAACAAGCCGCAUUCAGUCAAGACAGGAGAUCGCAGACGAGGAUCCGACUUACGAGAAGGCAGAGAUCCUGACAUCAGCCCGAGUGUCAGUAGCUGGCAGCUCUUCGCCGGCCCUGUCUGAUACUGGUGGUCCGUUCCCACUAAGGAGAUCAUCAAGCGUGCACUCAGCGCGCAUCAUCGAUGUAGCUGGUCCCAAGAGCCCCAGCGGGUCGCGCUCACCCUCAGCUGAUGCUGCGGACCGUAUCCGUCGGGCGAGUCUAACCAUACCUCCAAGUAGUGGUCUCUCCAAUGGUGUCAGCGCAGUUGAUGCGCAGACUCAGAACUCCCCUGCAACCUCAACUCGCCCAGGUCCAAAAAGUCGCUCUCCAGUUGAUGCCAUGCGAGGUUCUGUGCCAGGUGCUGCAACAAUCUCUGAAUCUGAUGAGGAGAUGGAUCGCAAUAGAACCAGAGAGCAGAGGCCUCACAAGUAUAUUGCUUAUCAGCCUUCCACGCCAACAGUUCCAGAGGCUGCCUCUCCCACCGAGGCCAAACGACCUCAAACUAUGGUUGGAUCUUCACAUCACUCACCUGUUCUUCAACAAUCUUCAUCCAGUACCAAGGUGGUAUCCACGCGCCCUACAAGCACCUCUGAAACCGUCCCCGAGAAGUCUGCUGAAGUUUUACGAAAGCCGGCAGGCUACUCAAACCGACAUGCUGCACGAAAUGACAAGGUACCUACUUCUCCCACUCACAGUAUUGGCAUGGUAUCCAUAGAGCGAUCAGGGACAAGGGACUCGGACGAGGAUGGAGGCAACGCGCAGACCCCUCGGCCUACUCACACUUCAGGCUCAUCAGCCUCCUCAGGUACAAGUCGACUUAAAGCUGUUCGAACUUCCGAGGACAAUGGAAGCCGUUCAGCCAUGGCCCGUAACUUUGAAGAGCUUAUCCAGAGCAACCAAACCAUCACAUAUACGCUGACGCCUGAGAAUAUGCGCAACAUGGAUCACAAGCAGUCACUUGACAAUUCGGUGUUUAAGGGAUCCAUCAAGAACGAUGACACUCGUGCUCACAACCGUUCCAGGUCUUCUUCUGCGGCAACCGACAUGAAGAGGGCAUCUCCCCAUCACCGGGUUGGUGACGAUAGAAUGAAGCCAUUGCCUUCUCCUAACCCGAACAGACCACGUAUGUCUGCUGCCCCAAGAGACGCUCGGGUUCCCAGCGAAUCUACUGCGGAUUUUGCAGAAUUUAUCAAAUCUACUGGUCCCGCAGGAGACAGCCGUCCUAUGCAACUUCGAAAUGGACCCCCAGGCGCAAAUAGCAACCGUAUUCCUCACAAUAUCGCACCUUGGGAUACAACCGGUGCUGAAGAACCAGCAGGUGGUAAGGCCGUAGACGCCAACAUUCCCGAUAUCCGAUACAGCCAGGCUUCGACUCAUGGCACCGAGUCAUCAAUGCCUUCGAUUCACUCAUCUAUUAACUCCAACACGGCCCUUUUGAAGAACAAAGGACAGCCUGCUCCAACGAGUAAGAUGUUUGAUGAAGAUGAUAUGAUGCCUAAACGCAAGACUCGACGUGUCAAGGACCCCUACGCCAUUGACUUUAGCGACGACGAGGAUGACGAAGUCUUGCUUGCAACGCCAAAGCCUCCUGCUAAGAAGGAGGAGAGCUUGGCGGAGUUUCUCAUGAACUAUGAGCCUCCACCGGAGCCUGUCACGACAUCGAUCUCACAAAAACUACCAAAGAAGAAAGCGAGUGCACCCAGCCUGAUUGGGAGAUUCACUCGCAAGGAGAGCAAUAACUCCAACACUGCACCUGUAUCACCCCAAGGCAACGACACUCGAUCUCUUAGUAGCCGUGCUGGUUUCAGGAAUUAUAUUCCCAUCCAGGUCAACGUCCCAUCGGGAUAUGACAAAUAUGGGAUGCCCACUGGUGAGAACUCAUCUCGCCCUUCACAGCCUGCCUCAUCAGUUUCCUCUGGACGCCGUGUUCCCAUGAAGAAGUUUGAGCCUCGAGAUGCAGUAUCGAACGUUUCACGUACCUCGGAUUUGGCAGCGUUCCUGCGCACUUCAGAGCCUCCGCCAGAGCCUGUGAUGGCCCCUCCACCUCCCAAGGAGGAGAGCAGCAGUAGUCUAUCGAAGAUGUUUAGUCGCCGAAAGAAGUAA